AUGAUAUUCGAUAUCUACGCAACAUUUAUCUCUGAACAAGCUAUACACCAUCACGCAAUCUUAGCUCUUCUGAUCGUAUCUCUACUAACAAAUCUUAUUGAAAUACCACGAAUUUUACACUACUUACGCACAGGUAGCGUUGGAACGCAUUCAUCAAUCAGUUGUCUUCUCUGGCAAUGGUUGGACUACCUGUUCUACGGUCAAGCGAAUCUUUUAAUGCUAUGGGCAUCAUUUGAACGACAUAUUCUUGUCUUUCACGGUUAUCUUGUCUCCACAAGUAGAGGUCGACUAUUGAUUCAUUACUUGCCAUUGCUUUUUAUUGUUUUCUAUCUGAUAUUCUUCUAUAUCAUAGUCAUCUUUUUCCAUUCGUGUGAGAAACAGUUUGAUUUCACUUCGCCACUAUGUGGUCAACCGUGUUUCACUCAAUAUCCGGUUAUUUCACUCUACGAUCUCUUUGCACAUAGUUGGCUUCCAACAUUUUUCAUUACAUUAUUUUCUGUCGCUCUUGUUAUCCGCGUAAUUAAUCGGAAACGACCUGUAGCCCGUCAGGAUAUUCCAUGGCGUAAACAUCGUCGAAUGAUUUUACAAUUAUUAUCUAUUUCCACACUGUAUUUUAGUUGUAUGGGACCGUAUACGCUCAUACAAGUGAUCGAUUCACUUAUUGGACUACCUUCGACGGCAGCUUAUAUAAAAAAUGUUUAUCUCUUCUAUGUGUAUUGGUUGCUCACACUUCUACUACCUUAUGUUUGCAUCGGUUGUUUGCCUGAAGUAACCAAUAAAAUCCGAAGACAAGUGAAAAACUGGAACAACCGGGAGAAUAUGAUUAUGCCAACAUCAUUAACGUGA